GACUGAUGGUGAACGGAUGGGAGAGGCUGCCUGCGCGUUCACAAACCCUCCCAUCGCUCUGUUACUGACCGCGGGAGCGCGCAGUGGACCGGUCGUCCUCAGUCAGUCGCGAGAGGAAAACAGCCUCCAGAACGCACCUCAUCAUCCUACAGGGAAAAAAAUGUUUCUUCCACCGCCUACCUUCACCGUUAUCACCGUGGAGAAAAGUCCCAUUAAAGGAUUUACUAUAGAGGACGUUUGUUGUUUCGACCACUAAUCUGUGUUAUAAAAAAAGAUAUCAUCCAGAGUGCCCCGUUAGGAAAAACUGCAAGGAUUGGGAAUUAAUAUCGGACAGGUAAGAUGACGGAUCAAAAAGUAAACUGGAGAUUAUUAUGUAUCUGACACAUCAUGACACAAAUAGUAUUUUAAUUAUGCUGUAAUGUGUGGACCAGAUAGAUCAUUAUCAAAUUUAAGCUUAUAGCAUCAAUCCAUCCAUUUGAGGUCUAUAAUUCCUGUUUCAUAAAGUCUCAUCAGGAAAUAAAACAUAAACAUAACAGUUUUGUUUUCUAUAUUUUACCAGUAUUUUAGGAUACUUUGUUCAGAACGAACUGUAAUUUAAUUGGAUUAAACUUCAGAGGUCGAAAUGACAUCGAAAAUGUAUUUUAAUGCGGCAUCGAGCAACCCCGUCGUGGAUGCGUUUCCGCACUGAGGACCGCUAGACGCUCUGCAUGCGUUUCCGCACCGAGGACCGCUAGACGCUCUGCAUGCGUUUCCGCACCGAGGACCGCUAGACGCUCUGCUCCGCGGUUUGCGCCAAAGCUCUCAUGCUAGCCUCGCAGCCACUGUUAUGUGAAGUAAAGAGAACCAAUUUCCACUUAGUACAUUUUGAAGCUGUGAAAUUGUAGCUAUGUGAGUUUAUCUGAACUCGGGAAUUUGGUCGCCCUGAGCCUAUAAUGUAAAAGUGAAAUCUGUUUAAUCGAUCACAUUAAUCAACCUUGUAUUGUAAACCCGUUCCAUAUAUGUAUUUGUAUGAUAUCUGCAGGCUGCAGAAUCCCGAAGCCUCUCUGAGACUAGUCCUAACCUGCUCGCCGUGUCCCAAAUUCCCAGAGACAUAAUAAGCCUAUCCAGAGUGCAGUGCUGUGCUCUAGUGCUGUAAUGCAACAGGAUGUAGCAGUGCAUUAUGCUAAAGAUUAAUUCUGUGUACAACAUUAUGGCUGCCUUUCUAGAUCUGUUAUAGAUGAGCAGAACAUAUAAUUGUCUAUGGUGAAGUGACAUUUACUGAAGACGAUUUUGCUAAUGAAUAAAUACAUGAAUUAACAUCCUUUGUCUUCUUCUCAGAUGGUGAAAAUGGCGUCAUGGCGGCUGGUCAGUCUCCUGGCGGUGUGGACUGUCGUGUUGGGUCUGGCCCAGUGUUGCCCAGAGCCCUGUAGCUGUCUGGAUAAAUAUGCCCACCAGUUCGCUGACUGUGCCUACAAAGACCUGCUGUUAGUUCCCGUAGGUCUCCCCUUCAACGUCACCACCCUCUCUCUCUCCGCCAACAAGAUCAAACUCCUGAAGGCCAAGAGCUUCAUUAACGUCACCCAGGUGUGUUUGUGUGUGAAUGUGGUCCCGUGUGGCUCAGUUGGUAGAGUAUGGCGCUUGUAAUGCCAAGGACCGUGGGUUCGAUUCCCACUGGGGCCACCCAUGUGAAAAGUGUCUGCUAAAUAUCAUAUGUUAUAUUACCGGAGGAGUAAAUGACAGAUGUGUUGAAUGAAUAAAGUCUUGUUCUCCAGGUGACCUCCCUAUGGCUGGCCCACAACGAGAUUGUGACCAUGGAGAGGGACACUCUGGCCCCGCUGAUCCAGCUCCGCAACCUGGACCUCAGCUACAACAAGAUCGUCAACUUCCCCUGGGAGGACCUGGCCAACCUCACCGCCCUUCAGCUGCUCAAGAUGAACAACAACGAGAUGAUCAACCUCCCUAAAGAUGCCUUCUCCACCCUCAAAGACCUGAGGUCCCUGAGGAUCAACAACAACAAGUUCACCACUAUAGUCCAGGGGACUUUCAGCUCUCUCAGCUCCAUGUCUCACCUGCAGAUCUACAACAACCCAUUCACCUGCUCUUGCAGUCUGGAGUGGCUGAGAGACUGGAUCACUGAGUCUAAGAUCUCCGUCCCAGAGCAGGACUCUAUCGUCUGCGAGGCCCCUGAACAUCUGAAAGGGGCCCUGGUGACCAAGAUGCCCAAGCUGGACUGCAGGGCCCCAACGGUGUCCAUCACCUACCAGCCCAACCUGGACAACACUGAGCUAUACGAAGGCUUUAUGGUGAUCCUCAACUGCGAUACCAAGGGAAACCCCAAACCAGAGGUCAGCUGGGAGGUAGUGAACACAGGGAACCAGAAGUUCACGUUCAGUUUGCCCUCUGAGGUCAGCGAGAAAAGCGACUCGCCCAUCAACGAUAAAACCACCAACGGACGGUUCCUGGUCUUCCAGAACGGCACCAUGAUCAUCCCCCAUAUGAGCAAGAAGGAGGAUGGGAACUACAGCUGCUCGGCUGUCAACGACCUCGGUAAAGCAGACAGCACAGUGAAGGUAGCAGUGGCGGGCACCAAGAAACAGGCCAUUAACUCCAUGCUGGACUCCACAGCAGAUAAGAUCCUCCGUCCAUCUGGUGGAAACAAGCCGGGGCCUAAGAUGACCAACAACGUCAUCAACUGGCCCAAGUCUGACUCUGGGAAGAUCAAGACCGUUCCAACUGGGUCGUCUGGUAAACACGGCGAUGGCUCAGUGCAGGCUGGCGAGGGCUCAGAGGAGCUGCCGUUUGCCAGGAAGUGUGGCAUCAGCGAUGGCACUCAGUACAUCUCCAACCACGCAUUCAACCUCAGUCUGGACCAGCUCAAGCAGUACACCUUUGAUUUCGGCGUCAUCGCGUUGGAAGUGUCCGAGACCGAGGCCAAAGUGCAGCUGAAUCCUCUCCAGCUCCCCAACAGUAAGAACAACCUCCACCUCAGCCACAAUGAGAACCUAGAGACCGUCAACAAAGAGCCGUUCAGCCUCUAUCAAGCCUCAACCAAAACCCCUCUGGACAUGCUCUAUCUGUGUUUCAAUACUGGUAACGGACACUCUGUGGUGCAGUGGUCCCGGAUAGAGGAAGGAAUCAACGCCUACAAGUUCCAGGGCCUACAACCAGGCACUAACUACACCCUGUGUCUGACCUAUGGAGGUCAGGACUGUCAGGUCCAGGUAGUCUUCACAACCAGGAAGAAGAUUCCUUCUCUGCUAAUCAUAGUGGUGGUCAGUACCUUCCUGCUGGCGCUGGCUACAGUUCCUCUGCUGGGAGCCACCUGCUGUCAUCUCUUAUACAAGUACCAGGGAAAGACUUACAAACUGAUCAUGAAGGCGGCACAGAAGAACCCAGAUCAAAUGGAGAAACAGAUGGUCGGAGGUGAUUUCGACCCCCGGGCGUCUUUUGUCGAGUUGGAAAAGAAUUUCAACCCGAGUGAAAUGGGAGACGGAGAGGACGGCGAGGACGGAGAGGGGGAGGAGGGGGAGGAGGUGGAGGGGAGCAUGGUUACCGAGUCCAUUCCGGGUUCUACGUCUAAAUUCGAGGUGGGCUCGGAGUACAGCGAUAGAUUACCGUUGGGGGCGGAGGCGGUGAAUAUCUCUGAAGACGGAAACGGUAAUUACAAAGAGCCGAGUCGC